AUGUCACUGGAAAAGACGCACGACAUGAAAUCUGCUCUGCCUCACGCAGUCCCGUCCGGCCAGGAUGCCGAGGCUGCGAUCGGCAACACGGGCACCGAGGAGAAACCGUCCGCCUUCAGAGGUCUCGGCCUUCUGGAUCGUUUCCUCGCUCUGUGGAUUUUCCUCGCAAUGGCUAUUGGCAUCAUCUUGGGUAACUUCGUUUCCGAUAUUGGACCUGCCUUGCAAAAGGGCAAAUUUGUCGGUGUGUCGGUGCCUAUCGCUGUCGGUCUGCUCGUCAUGAUGUAUCCGAUCCUUUGCAAGGUGCGAUUCGAGUCGCUGCACGAGCUCUUUUCCCACAGAGAGAUGUGGAGGCAGCUCUGUUUCAGCGUCUUUGUCAAUUGGAUCCUCGCUCCUUUCCUGAUGCUUGCCCUUGCCUGGGCCUUCCUCCCCGACAAGUCGGAGCUUCGCACCGGUCUUGUACUGGUCGGGCUAGGGAGAUGCAUUGCAAUGGUCCUGAUCUGGAACGGCCUUGCUGGCGGCAACGACGAAUACUGUGCCAUACUCGUCGCUGUCAACUCGAUACUCCAGAUGGUCCUCUUCGCCCCCUUGGCCGUCUUCUUCAUCCGCGUCAUCGGCCAGGAGUCGGGUACGAUCGAUAUAUCCUACAGCGUCGUCGCUACCAGUGUGGCUGCCUUCCUGGGUAUCCCCUUUGGGGCAGCCGUCAUCACGCGAAUUGUCCUUCGCAGGGUCGCCGGGGCGGAAUGGUACCAGCAGACCUUCAUCAAGUUCCUUGCGCCCUGGUCCCUCGUUGGCCUGCUCUAUACGAUCCUGGUCCUUUUCGCAUCCCAAGGCCGGCAGGUCGUUCAUCAGGUCGUAUCUGUCGUCCGGGUAGCUGCACCGCUGAUCGUGUAUUUCGUCGUCGUCUUCUUCGUCACGUUGUGGAUCAGCAGACUCCUCGGCUUCCGGUUCCCCAUGGCGCUUACGCAGAGCUUUACCGCUGCGAGUAACAAUUUUGAGUUGGCUAUCGCUGUGGCGGUGGCCACCUUCGGCCCCAACAGUGAUCAGGCAUUGGCCUCCACCGUUGGCCCGCUCAUCGAGGUGCCGGUUUUGGUGGGUUUGGUGUAUGCUGUUCGUUACAUGGCCAGGAUAAGGGGUUGGUGA